GUCCAAUGAGUUGAGUUGAGUAAAUGCCACGUCUUAUACACAGCUACCAGCAGCAUCAACGUAGUCACAUUAUCAGCACUUUACCAGACUUACUGUUGGCAGGACAGAGAGUUAUCCAGCGGCCCAACCGGCACUGAUAUCUGACACAAUCCGAGGGGAUAUUAUGGGCUGUGUACGUCUGCUGGCGCUGACACUGGCCACAUCUGCAGUACUGCUGUUCGCCUCCCGUUCAACCUUCGCUCACAGCCACUCGCAUGGUGACCAUGGACAUGGCCACCAUCACCACGGCCACUCCCACGGAGAAGAGGAUCACCACGGACACUCUCACGGCCCACAGGUGAAGAUGUUCCACGGGGCGAGCAAGUGGAGCGCCGAGGCCAACCUCCCAACGGCUGAAGAGGAGCACCAUGGACACGCCCACGCUCAUGAUCACGGGCACGAUCAUGAUGAUGGGCACGCUCACGCCCAUGAUCACGGACACGCUCAUGAUCACGGGCACGCACACGCUCAUGAUCACGGACACGGGCACGCUCAUGAUCACGGACACGGGCACGCUCAUGAUCACGGACACGGGCACGCUCAUGAUCACGGACACGGGCACGCUCAUGAUGAGGAUGUUGUUCGAGUGCACAAGGAGGAGAGUGGGCAUGGGCACACGCACGGAGGGGAGAGAGUGAAGAGGGAGGCAGAGGGAGAGAAGAGGGACAUGGUGGAGCUCUGGACGCAGGCUAUCGGAGCGACUCUGCUGAUCAGCGCGGCUCCUUUCCUCAUCCUGUUUCUGAUCCCAGUCCAGUCCAACAGCGACCAGCACCAGAACCUGCUCAAGGUGCUGCUCAGCUUUGCCUCCGGCGGACUGCUGGGCGACGCCUUCCUCCACCUCAUACCACACGCUCUGGAGCCCCACUCUCAUCAUGGAGAGGACGAUCACGGACACUCGCAUGAAAGUGAAGAGUCUCAAGACCACGGCCACUCCCACGGAGCUGCUCACGGUCACAUGAUGUCAGUGGGUCUGUGGGUCCUCGGCGGGAUCAUCGCCUUCCUGGUUGUAGAGAAAUUUGUGCGUCUGGUGAAGGGAGGGCACGGCCAUGGACAUUCCCACGGCCACUCGCAUGCUGCUGCCAAGGAAAAGGACAGUGAUGGAGAGGAAGAAAAGGAAAACAAGACAAAGGAGAAAGGAAGCAAAGACAAGAAAGUGCCAAAGAAAGAAGAGAAACAAAGCUCAGACAUCAAGGUGUCAGGUUACCUGAACCUGGCAGCGGACUUCACACACAAUUUUACUGACGGUUUGGCAAUCGGAGCUUCCUUCCUGGUCGGUCCAGCAGUGGGCGCCGUCACCACCCUCACCAUCCUGCUGCACGAGGUCCCGCACGAGAUCGGAGACUUUGCCAUCCUUGUCCAGUCUGGCUGCACCAAGAAAAAGGCCAUGUGUCUACAGCUGCUGACGGCCUUGGGAGCCCUGGCUGGCACAGCUUGCUCCCUAUUGGCAGAAGGCGUGGGUGCCGCAGCGACCGCCUGGAUCCUGCCCUUCACGGCCGGCGGGUUUGUUUACAUCGCCACGGUGACCGUGCUCCCGGAGCUGCUUGCGGGCCGCGCCAGCUUCGGCCAGUCCCUGAUGGAGAUUCUGGCCCUGCUGUUCGGAGUCGGCAUGAUGGUGCUGAUCGCCGAGUACGAGUGAGACGCAGCGGAGGAGACAGAGACAAGAGAGGGAACAGGUUAAAAAAGGUGGUUUUAAAGUAGAGUUCAAGUGGAAUAUUUUUGUCAGGGGUGUGUUUUCUUGUUUUUUUUGUUUUUUUUAAAAUGUGUUCUAUUUUGGGACAAACACCACCCACUUAUGGCAAACGGAUGAUUUUUGUUGUCUUGUGUGUUUUAGCAGUUCACAGUCACAUCCCUGAUUUGUGUUACAAUUUGUUUUUGAGAGGAAAAGUGUCGGCUCGGUGGAGCGGUGGAGACUUGAGAGCUGGAAAGAGACAAACUGAUGGAGGCGUUUUUGAGGACUGCUGUGUUGUUCACCGAGGGCCUCCAAUCAGGACACGAGGUGAAAUCUUUCUGUCCACCCGUCCCAAAACUUCACUCGCCACCUUCACUUCACGGAUCACCUGCAGCUUACACUGACAGUUGCUAACCUCCAAAAGUGGCUUCAAGUAAAUCAGUUUCGCAGCCAUAAAUCUUUCUGUCAUUAGAGUGGUGGUCCUCUAGUGGCUGGUCCUUAAAUCUACAUUUCAGAGUCGGGUCAGUGAAACGGCAGAGAAAGCUCAGUGGACUGGCUCAGUUGUUCUCACUACAGCGACCUGCUCAGUGAAACGUGUUUCAUGCCUGUUUUGUUAUGAAGACACUGAAUGUUAAUAUUUUUACAUUCCACAAAAUAAAAGUAAAUGUUAUGGCUUCUACAGAUGUGCUCAACAUGGCAUCAUGUUAAUGCUCUUGUUUUAUAGGAAGACUUAAAGGUCCCAUAUUGUAGAAAGUGAAUUGUCUAUGUCUUUCUUGAUUAUAGAGCAGGUCUAGGUUCUGUAUUAAUAAUGUAAAAGUAUCAGUGUGAAAUCCAUGGACAAGAUGCACACAGUCUGUAUUCAAUAACUGUCUUAAAACAAGCUGUCAGGACUUCUGUAACUUUGUGACGUCACAACAAAACUGUCACCACCCUCAGCCAUGCCCCCAGCAUGGCCCACCUGGACCCAGUGUCCUACUUUGCAGGAUUUGUUGUGUGUUAAGCUGAGGUCUGCUAUAUUUUUAUUUGAUCAUUCAGAAAGCCUGAGAGAGGAGAUGUAAAACUACUCUGAGAAAAGAGGAGUUACUAAAAACCACAAAUAUAUCUUCUUAUGGAUCAAAACAUGAAAUAAAACACAGGAAAAGUAUAAAAUAUGGGACCCUUAACUUUUAACAUUCCUAUAACAUUUUUUUUUUCCACCUGAUGGAUGAUUUAAAAAGAAAAAACACUGACAGCUGUGAUGAACAUUCCCAAUAAAGGUCGAUAAUCUUCAAAGUGAUUACUUUUCAACAUAUUAUGAACUUAAAGACUUGAAAAUGUCACCUGUGAUAGUACAUAACUGGUUGAACGGCCUGUUUUUAUUUAACAGUUGAAUUUAAUCAAAAAUGAUUUUGCCUCUUAUUAACAGGCCUGACCACAAGAGGGAGCAAGAGGUCCUUCAAUUGGUGUUUGAUAUUUUUUCUUAAAGCGCCCUAGAGGCAGGUGAUUUGCAUAAACAGUGCAGAAGCAGGAAAAACAUUCCGCCUGAAGCAUAUCAUGCAGACAUGUGUCACGCCCAUGUGUUGGCAUCAUGUGCUGAGUCCUGGUUGCCUGGUUUUCUACAGUGAGCUUCCACUGUGCACUAGCUGUAACUUUAUAGUGAGUUUUUUUUUUACUGAACCAAUAGUUCGUAUUGAUCGUAUUGAUUUGUAAUUUGAGGCUUUGGUUCUAAAAAAAAAAAAAAAAAAAUGUGAAGGAAAUCUUAGGACAUCUUAGCACCAAACUGUUUAUUUUUAUAAUAUAUAAAUUUCGAGCGGUUCAGUCAAAGAAUGACAUUUCCUUUUCAGACAGAGACUUGACAAAUUUUUCAGCAGCGUGGGGAUGUCAAAGGAUUUACUAUUACAAAAGAAAGAGACAAGUAAAGAUAUUGUAUUUUAGAUCAGUUAUUUCUGUCCUAUACCUGAGGGGUUACUGAGAAUAACAUUUAUUUUGAAAAAAGAAAUGAAGUGCAGUGUUUUGAUUAGACAACAAAAUCCAUAUGUUAGCGCUAAAAAUGGUUGAAGCUAAACGAAAUGAACAGUUACUGAGCUGAAAUGAAGACAGAUGAUAGAAGACUGGUCGCUGGUGUUGAAUUCAUCCGCACACAGGUGCAUGGUGGAAGUCAGAUAAAAAGGUUGGAAAACACUGGUGUGAAAACGGUGGACUAGCAUGCUGCGACUUUAACUGUAUGUUACAGUAACAGUGCAGCAGUGUUGGCUGGGUGUUCGUCUGUGAAACCUAACAGACAUCAUAAAUCCUUCCUUCAGUGUGGUUUGUUUUCCCCGCGCUGUCAGCAGAGGACACAAUGUGUAGGGGCCCAGAUGAAAUUAAAAAGUUAAGUAACGAGGCCUUGGAUAAGGUGUGUAGGUGUUGUCUAUUUCUGAUGAUUAAUAGAUAAAGAUGGCAUGAAAUGUGACGCUCCUCUGGAAUCAAUCUAAUUAGUGACACAGUUGAGUCAUAAGGCAUGUGGUAUGAUUGUGGUUCACCAACAUCUUGCAGCUUUUAUUUUGUUUUAAAACAGCUGUGGGAAGUUUUUCUUUCUUUCUUUUCUGAAAGCAGAAGCUGGAAACAAACAUGAUGUUUCCUUGAUGUAAAUUAAUAAUGUUUAAACUGAUUAAAACAGAUAUCUAAAGUCA